CUGCCCAAUGAAUCAGGAGCGGAUGCGAUGUAUCCUUUUUCAGUGCGGUGAAUGGCCAAUGGGAGUUGGCUUGUGGAGCAAACACUGAGCUGUGCGCUUCCAUUCAUUCAGUGCUGAAGUGGCUCGCAGAGAAGGACAGAGCGCACGAGAACGAGACGAGAGAAGAGCUGCGACGCAUCCGGCCACAGUAUAGCGCACACGGGACGCGCGAGUCUUGGAUAUAUCUGCUGUUUCUCUGCAACGUGGAAACGGACUGUACGUGAUUUGUGAACGUCGCCUUCGAUAGUUUUUACUUGGAUAUACAAUCCGCGCUGUCCCGGGACACAUGCGCGCGUGAACUUCUCCACAAGUGUCCCAGCAAAAAGGAAUACAGGAAUACAGUCGCACUGGAUUAACAGACUGUGAAUGUUAUGUUUUAAGAUGACCAGUCGCUGCGCUUCUAUGGAGUUUCGUGGGCUGUGUAUUUGAUGGAUUCCACUAUAUGGAUGAUUGCAUAUAGGUUUUCCGAUGCAUGCCAAGUCCACGGUGAAUGUCGGAAGUGGUGAUACCCCCAGAUGGAGCUCCAAAGUCAACAUGGCCCGGGUGGUUCAUUAGUGGUGAUCCAGCAGCCUUCUCUCGAGGGCCGCCAGAGGUCGGAUUACGAGCGGGAGUUCCAGCAUGCUGCCAUUCUGUCUCUGGACCAAAUCAAGGCCAUCCGCUCCAGCAACGAGUAUACAGAAGGGCCCUCGGUGGUCCGGAGACCCCCUGCUCCCCGCACGGUCCCCCGGCCCAAGCAGGACAAGGAGGAGAGAACUCAUGAGGUCAUCCCCGUCAACAACAACUAUGAGCACCGGCACCCUGUAGGGGGCAUGGUGCUGGUGCCAGGGCCCCGGGCCCCUGGCCUCAGCCGCUCCACCAGCACAGGGAGCGCUGCCAGCUCAGGGAGCACCGGCAGCGCAUCCUCGGAGCAGGGACUUCUGGCCUGUUCUCCCCCCAGUCGGCCCCCCAAGAGCUUACCGCACAGAGUGGAGAGGCCUGUCCGGACUCAGCCCAAAUCCAAGGCCCCAUCACAAGGACCCAAAUUCCACCUGCCUCCUCCUGAGGUCCCACUGAAGCCUCCAACCAAGGGCAAGUCAGACUUGUUUGUUCCUGUGGCAGCCGGACACCAGUUUAUCUGUGAGCGUUGUGGGAAGUGUAAGUGCAGUGAGUGCACGACUCCACGGACUCUGCCCUCAUGUUUGGCCUGUAAUGGACAGUGUCUGUGCUCUGCCGAGAGUGCUUUGGAGCAUGGCACUUGCAUGUGUCUAGUCAAGGGCCUGUUCUACCACUGCUCCAACGAUGAUGAGGGGGACUCUUGUGCGGACCACCCCUGCUCUCUGUCCCACUCCCACUGCUGCUCGCGCUUCCUGUGCAUGGGAUUAAUGUCGGUACUCUUUCCCUGUUUGCUAUGCUAUCCUCCGGUAAAGGGCUGUCUGAAGGCCUGCCAGAGCUGCUACGACCGGGUGCAGCGGCCUGGCUGUCGCUGCAAGAACUCUAACACUGUCUACUGCAAACUGGACAGCUGGCCACACAGCCAGGGCAAGCCCUCCUGAUGGCUCUGUGACAUGGAUAUACUGACAAUAAUAAUGAUAGUCACAAAUUAAUGUUUAUCAAACAUUUAAGCACCUCCCACCGGCCUUCCCUCUGCACUGUGGAACCUAAGGAGCUAUAGCAAAGGAGUAACGAAAACCACUCAUUUUUUUAUUUUAUUUCUGGAUCAGGACCAUGUUUUUACAGACCAGUGUUUGCCUUAACUCUUUCUAUGUCUGUCAUCAGUUCCUCAUUAACACUAUUUUUAUAUAUCAAGCGUAUUUCUUCCGUUUUAGGUAGGCAGUCUCCUCUGGGCCCUGGUGACCAGCUGGGGCUGCCUCUCACCAAAUCUGUGAAGGACGAUCUAUUAUAGGGCAAUUAUGUAGCUGUUACCUGUUAUUCAUAGCGCGCAGGUAUGUUGAAUUAAUGGUUGCUGCCACGUGUAUACUGUGGUUCCAUGUUUCAUUUAUGAAAGCACAUCCAUCUCAUAGUAUUUCACCUACACCUGGAUAUGUUUCUCUACUUCCUCCCAUCCAGACUUCACCCUGUGGCAUUUUCCCAUGGUUUUGUUUUUCCGUUUGUGUUCAACUGUAUGCUCAAAAUCCAUAAGAGGAAUUCUGGCUAUUUUUUAAAAAAGAGAAAAAAUGUCUGUUAAAACAUUUUUUUGUUGUUGUAAAAAAUAUUUAUUAUGUGAAGCUCUAUUAUUUUAUGAUAUUUAUUGCAAGAGACAGUCUUAAAUUUACUCAUGUCUGAAUAUAACAAUAUCAAAUACUUACUGAAAAAUUAAAGGGUGGCACAAAAGAAAACUAUGUUAACUUUAAUGCAGAAAAUAUAUUAAUUAAUGAAAACA